CAAGUAAAAAACGACACAAGAAAUUGAUAUGGCUUGAAAGCGCACUUUUUUCAUACGUGUAACGGGAUUUAUAUUUGUAUAUGUAUAAUGGAAAACACAGCUUUUACUAAUUGCGUCCAAUGUCACAAUGAGUUUGACGAGAACAAGCGGUACCCCCACGUUCUAUCCUGUUUGCACACCUGUUGCUCCUCUUGCCUAGAAAGAAUCGUUUCCGGGAAGCAAAUCUUCUGUCCGGAGUGCCACUCACAAACCGAAAUUUCUAAUGAUCCCAUCAAGGAUCUACCUCUGGAUACGGCAUGUCGAAACUACUUAGACUUUGUUCGCAUCCAAAGAAAGCCCUCAGAGAUUCUAUGCACAGAUUGUCCCGAUCAAUCCUCAGCCUCGGCGUUUUGUAAGGAAUGCUACAAUUUCAUGUGUCCAGAAUGUACCUCUGCUCACAAGAGGACAGCAAUCACUCGAAAGCACACAGUGGUAUCCAUUGGAGAUCUGAAAGAUUCUGGACUCCGGGAAUUCCAUCGGAAAGACACGUGCAACAAACCUGGACACGAGGAGCAAGUAUUCACGUUCUACUGCGACAGACGAGGAUGCGACGUUCCAAUCUGUACACUUUGUGCCGUCUGCGACCACAACCAGACCAAUGGUCACCUUAUCCGGAACUUGAGCGAUGUUUAUGAAGAUUCUAAGACAGUUGUGCAGAGUGUCAUACGUGAGAUCAACGCCCGCGGAACACCAAUGUCGGAGGCUGUAGACCAAUUAGAGCGCGUUGUUGACGAGUUAGCAUCAACAGAAACCCAAAUGAGCCAGGAAAUAGACACCAUUUUUGACAAAUACCAGAAAAUUCUGAACGAGAGGAGAUACCAGUUGCAAAUGGAGGUUCAAAAUCACUGUCAAGUGAAAAAAAGAGACCUACAAGAAAAAGUCAAGACCUUAAAAUCCUACACCACCGAUGUUAAAACUGCCACAGAUUUUACCAAUCGGGUUUUGCUUUACACAACAGCAACAGAGUUCCUCAAUCUCAAAAACAUCAUACUGAGGCGCAUACUUGAGUUGAAAAAUGUUAACGUAUCUAUUCCUGCAAAAGACGAUGUUGCAUUAAGAUUUUUACGGGGAGUGAGUGAUGACUCGUUCGUGCAGUUGAUUAACGGCAUUGGAAAUGUGUCGUCCAGGGAAAGUCCAGUGCCUCAGAGCCCCCUGCAUAACGGACACACAGAGUCUUCCAUGAAAGCUGGUCGGUCUGAGUAUGUUUCUUCGUUAAAUCAAGAAAAUGCUCGCUCACCUAGUCGGACAUCACCCAGCGAAGCUUCGAGAAAUACCACUUUUGCAACACCACCAACUCCACAGCAGCCUGCUUUGCGCAGCAGCGAUUCGAUUCCUAUGCGUCAACUGAGCGUUCAGGCGACACCAACACUGACCAGAGAACCAGUCCAAAGACAAUCAAGUCUUCCUGUGCCGAUGGAGGAAAAGAGGAAUAUCAGCACAAUCGCCAUGAUGAACGGUUUGCCCAAAAACCCCGCAGAAGAAAAAAGUUCCUUUUUUAACAGAGCUAAACCAUCUGAUGAUCACGUGACAGCUGACGUCACUGAAAAGAAACCACGUCCUGCCCCGUUAAAAUUGGAUUCACCUCAACCUUUAGGUUUGGGGGACUUUUUGCGUAAUCUAGAAAUGAGAGGAGAAUUACCUAUGAAGAAGUCUGAGAGGACAGUACAGGCCACUCGAGAUUCUUUCCAGCAGUUGAGCCCAGAUCGACCCUUCCAGCCGGUCACCUCUCCAAUCUCCCCCAAGACACCCACGUCAGUGCCUCCUGAACUGAAGAACCUUCCUGGUGUCAUAUAUGGCGACGUCGUCUGUCCAGAAUUCACUUUUGACGUAUUGACUAUUCACAAUGAGCGCGAGGUCUCUUUAGAUGGUAAAGUCUUACGAAACAGAAAGACGGGCAAGCCCAGCAGCUGUGGCACUGCCGAGAAACAACUCCAAAAUUACAAAGGAAUCAUAGGCAAUUUUGCUUUUAAAGAUCCCGGAAAGUACUACUAUGAAGUGGACGUGUCCUUUACAAUUUACCAGCCUUUAGAACAAACAUGGCUAGUGUAUGAGCUAGGCAUCUGCCGCAAAGACAUUAUUGACACUCAUCACACUGUGGAGCGCCAUGAGCAUGCGCGGUCCUGCUACGUUGCACGAUACCCAGAGGACGGAAAACUUGCCCAUGAAUUCUGGCACAAUCGUGAUCUUCUGACAUACGUGCCACUGUCAGAUAACGCGGCGGGAAUUACAGUGGAGUUGACCUAUGGUUUGUUGAUUGAUACGAAACGACGAAAGUGGACGGUUGCAGACGUUGGGAAACAGAAGAAACUUCACACUUUCACAGGAAUCGACUUCACCGAGGCGCUUCUACCAGUGUUUGGUACAUAUAACCCAGAUCUUGUAAGCGUUGAAAUGACUCUUAGAACAGGUUCAGAAAUAUCCGCUUUCCCGCCAUUUUUAAAAGGGUUUUAACCUGCAUGUUUUGAACAAAAAAUUCACGAUAAAACUGGAUCAAAUUUCAGACAAGGACUCUCUUGCAGAUUCUUAGAGUCUUGUUCGGUUUAGCUAGGUUUUCAUUUAUUCACUUUUAAUCUCCAUAGUAGCGUGAGUAGAUCAUGGACAAUAAUGUGGAAUUAAGCCCUACAAGUAACAAAAUGAAAUCUUACUAUUGAAUGCUGCUUCUUCUUGGCUACAUUUCUUACAUUUUUCAUGCGGCUGGAUAAAAUUUAUCCAACGCUUAUGCGUGCAUGUCUUUCGGAGUGAUGUUAGAAUUGGUCUUGUUCAUCUUUCGUAUCUUAAGAGUUUUUCCGAAAGAAAUUCUAUUAGUUGUUGUUCAGUAUUGUGUUUGUUCAGUAUUAACGGCCAGAUGAUCUUGCAUUGCCUAGGAAGUACAUUUUUCCUAAGCAUAUGGGUAUUACAUGUUUAUUUUUUUAACGUGUACAACAUCAAUGCAAAAAAAUUCACAUGACCUUUCAAGAGAAUUUAGUAAUUUUAAUUUUUUAAUUCUUAAUUUAUUAUUUUAGGAAUAGCAAGCUCUAAUCCAAUUAGAAAUCCAAGUACAUGUGUACUCUUUUACCGAGUAUAUAUAAUGAUGAAUUAUAUAUUUUAAUACCGAUAAUUUUAGAUAGUUCCUCUUAAUUAUUAUUGCAUGUAUUAAUAUAUGUACGUUGUAUCAACAUUAAAAUGAGAUUUGAGCUACAUGCCUUUUGAUGUGUAACUGCGUCUCAACUUUUGUACGUUAAUAAAAAAAAACUGAAAAAAUUCAAUUAUUGCA